CUCCUCGCUCUCCACCAGAUCACACACUCUCGUGUUGGAUUGAACUGAGACGAAGCACUCCACUAAUAAAAUGGCAGAAGCCGCUCCAGCUCCAGCCGCCGCUCCGGCUAAAGCAGCCAAGAAGAAGCGUGUGGCCAAACCGAAGACCGGCCCCGGCCUCAGGGAACUCAUCGUAGCCGCUGUCGGCGCCUCCAAAGACCGCAAUGGUAUGUCUUUGGCCGCCCUGAAGAAGAAUCUGAAAGCCGGAGGUUACGACGUGGAGAAGAACAAGUCCCGCGUCAGGAUUGCUGUUAAGGGUCUGGUGGACAAGGGCACCCUGGUCCGCACCAAGGGAACCGGGGCGUCUGGCUCCUUCAAGUUGGCUAAGACGGCAGCUGCUCCCAAAGCCAAGAAGCCGGCAAAGAAACCCGCUCUGAAGGCCAAGAAGCCCGCAGCCAAGAAGACCACAGCGACUAAGAAGCCCAAGACAGCAGCAGUCAAGAAGACAUCUGUCAAGAAGUCACCUAAGAAGGUAAAGAAACUUUCAGCCAAGAGCCCGAAGAAGACAGCCAAGGGCCCCAAGAAGGUAGCCAAGAGCCCCAAGGCCAAGUCCCCGAAGAAGGCACCUAAGAAGCCCGCAACCAAGAAGCCAGUCACAAAGCCCAAGACCGCCAAGCCCAAAGCCAAGAAGGCAGCACCCAAGAAGAAGUAAGCUGUCACCUGUCCGAACUACCGUCCAACAAAAGGCUCUUUUAAGAGCCACACA